CGUAUGUCAGUACCGAUGGAGGCAUUGCCAAAGCAGACUCUGCACGGCUGCUUGACCCGACGCAACGGAAGCUCGCUUCCCAAGUGCGAAAGGUCGAGGAUCCGGUGAUGGUGAAGAAGCGAGAGUUAGAGGUAAGUGGAACCAUUUUUCUUUAAAUCUCUGCAGUUGAAUGAGGAUAAUAUCCAUAACAUCUUGACGCAUGAUCUCGAUCCCAUUCUGGGUUCGCCGUGCACUCAUGAAAGUUUGAAUUCUUUUCAUAGUUACUCUGACUCUUUAUGCCAUACUUCGAUGUUUCUUCAAAUUAUCCUUGAUGACUUUAGCUGACUGCAAUCGCUAGACGAAGAAGGCCACAGCCGGUCCUGAGUGGUUCAAUCUCCCACGAACCGACCUGACUCCCGAACUCAAGCGAGACCUUCAGCUUCUUAAGAUGCGCAGUGUCCUUGAUCCCAAGCGCCACUACCGAAAGGAGACUGGAAAAUCCAAAGCCCCGGAGUUCGCGCAAGUUGGAACCAUCAUCGAAGGUCCGACGGAGUUCUUCAGUGCUCGGUUGACGAACAAGGAGCGGAAGAAGACCCUGGUUGAAGAGAUCCUCGAUGCUGAGCGCGAAGGCGGCCGGUUCAAGAGGAAAUACAACGAAAUCCAGGAGAAGAAAAUGAGUGGGAAGAGGGGGCAUUACAAUGCACUCAGAGCGAAGCGAACCAAACAAUUCAAGCGUCGUUGAAUUUUUCUUCAUGGGAUGAAGUCGCCUUUCAUGGUUGCGAAUGCUCAACCUCUCUUGGACCUAUAUCCCUGGCAAACACUAUUUACAAUUCGAUGGUAUGCAGAGAACAUAUCACGGCUUAUGUAUAUCAGCCAGGAUUUGCUUCACGAGAGCCUGCAUAUCUUCAGCAGCGAACCGUCCUGUCUCUAGCACCUCCUCGUGGUUGGCUUUUCCACGACCGAGGAAUUCCUCAAGCUCAUCCUUCCUCAUCCCUUGCACUUGCGGAUCGUCACCGCGAACGCCUGCCUCAAGAACAGACUUGUUUGUGACAAGGCUG